GCAUCUUUCCCAGGGAACCUCCACUUAGUGAUGGUUCUUCGUCCCACGGGGUUUUUCCAGCGCACCUUCACUGACAUUGGAUUUCGGUUCAGUCAGGAGGAUUUUCUACUCAAGUUACCGGUUGUUAUGCUGAGCUCGGUUAGCGAUCUGCUAACAUACAUUGAUGAACAGCAAUUAACCCCAGAGUUUGGAGGCACCCUGGAGUACUGCCACAGCGAGUGGGUCAUCUUCAGGACUGCAAUAGAGAGUUUUGCACUAACCGUGAAGGAAAUUGCACAGAUGUUACAAUCCUUUGGCACGGAGCUCGCAGAGACCGAGCUACCGGACGACAUGUAUUCCAUCGAGCGCAUCCUGGCCCUGCGCACAGAAAAGUACUACCAGCUCAAGGAAGAUAUUACAGCAGUCACAAAAGAGGGAAACUUGCUUUUGAGCAGUUUUGAAGACCCUGAUGCCGGGGAAUGCAGUCAGGACCAACACCACGAGAGGCCUGGGGACUGGGAGACUGUGAAUCGGUUACUUGGUCAGCUGCAUGAGAUGGAGACUGCUUUUGAUGGUUUCUGGGAAAAACAUCAGUUAAAAAUGGAGCAAUAUUUACAACUGUGGAAAUUUGAGCAAAGUUUUCAAGAGGUCAAGAAUGCCAUUGAAUUUUUAAUGGGUCAGCAAGCAGAGCUGCCUGACACUGGCGACAGUGUCCCCCAAGUUAAACAGAGGCUCAAGGACUUGGGUCAUUUUGAUGGUAUGGCUCAGGAUCUGAUAGGGAAGGCUCAGGUGGUGAUACUACAUGGACACCAGCUAGCAGCAAAUCAUCACUACGCCCUCAACUUAAUCUGCCAGCAAUGCAACGAGCUGCGGCACCAUUCUGAUGUCUUGUCUGAUGAGAUCAAAAGGAAGCAGAUGCGACUGCAGAAGACCUUGGAUCUUCAUACACGCCUUCAGCAGGCUCUGCAGUGCUGUGACGAAGGUGCCUACCUGCUUGCCAACCAGCAGAUGGAUAAGUGCCAGUCUAAAGAAGGCGCUCAGAAAGCUCUCCAGGAUAUAGAAAGAUUUCUUGAAAGCUCUUCAGCCUACUUAAACUAUGAUCCCCAAGCCCUACACUACGAUUUUGAGUCAGUCUUAACUUCUGAAUUGAAGUGCCAGAUACAGUCAGUACAGGUCAAGCUUGAAAACGUUCGAAGCAUGUUCGAGAAUCGGCAGUCUUGCUUCAAGAAGCUGUUGGAUAAGCACGUGCGGCCCGUCCAGUUAGUAGCCCCUCGGCCAGAAAAUUCACCGAGAUCAAAAUCACCAUUAUUCUCUCCUAAACAUGGAAGAAAAACAUCAAGAAAAACUCCAAGUUCUCGCAAGAUCGAAGUAAUGCACGACUAUCAGGAAAAACGGAAUUCCUUGCAGUAUUUUAUUUCAGACAGUGAUGACAACUUAGAUAUACUAAAAGGCCAUGUCAUAAAUGAGCUUAUAGAAACUGAGAGGGUGUACGUAGAGGAACUCUUCACUGUUUUGACGGGCUACAGAGCUGAGAUGGAUAACCCCGCCAUGUUCAUCCUCAUGCCUCCCAUGCUGAGGAACAGGAAGGAUGUCCUCUUCGGAAACAUGCCCGAGAUAUAUGACUUCCACAACAAAAUUUUCCUGCACAGUUUGGAAGGCUGCCUGGGAGCACCCGAGAGAGUGGGAUUUUGUUUCCUAGACAGGCGAGAGGAUUUCCAGAUGUAUGAGAAAUACUGCCAGAACAAGCCCCGGUCAGAGUCCCUGUGGAGGCAGUGCUCUGAAAGCACCUUCUUCCAGGUGAGCUGUUCGUUCCUACCAAGGCAGGAGUCGCUGGAUUCGUAUUUGCUCAAACCGGUGCAGCGCCUGACAAAAUACCAGUUACUUCUGAAGGAGUUGCUAAAGUACAGCACGAGCUGUGAUGGAGUUCAGGAACUUCAAGAAGCUCUGGUUGCAAUGUUGGAUUUGCUAAAGUCAGUCAAUGACUCUAUGCAUCAGAUUUCAAUAACAGGAUAUGAUGGUGACCUGAGUGAACUGGGGAAAGUAUUGAUGCAAGGAUCUUUCAGUGUUUGGACAGGACACCGGAAAGGUCCAACAAAAAUGAAAGAUCUUGCCAGGUUCAAGCCAAUGCAGAGGCAUCUGUUCCUAUACGAGAAAGCCUUGGUUUUCUGCAAGAAGCGAGAGGAGCAUGGAGAUGGAUAUGACAAAACCUCAUCUUACAGUUUCAAGCAUUUUUUGAAAAUGAAUGCAGUUGGAAUAACUGAGAAUGUGAAAGGAGAUCAUCGGAAAUUUGAAAUCUGGUAUAGUGGGCGAGAAGAGGUCUAUGUCGUGCAGGCCCAAACAGUAGAUCUGAAGAUGGCAUGGUUGAAUGAAAUAAGAAAAAUUUUGUUCAAGCAGCAGGAGCUUAUAAAAGUGGAGAAGCAGCAGCCCAGCUCGUGCACAGACCAGCUCCCACUCUCCUCCCAGCUGAGUGAUGGAAAGCAGCAGAGAGCCUCCAUAAGCUCAGAAGAGAACGACUCGGAGCGCACCAGCCCAGUGAUGCUGGACAGUGGGCUCCUGUCCCCCCAGAACAAGCCCCACAGAAGCUGGCCAGGAAUGUCACAGUCCCUGGAAAUCUGCGAGGGGCUGGAGGAGUGGUCAGGUAACCAAUACCUCUCGAACUGCUCGGACACCGAGGAGGAGGAUGGGAACCAGCUGUCUCCAGGAAAAUACAAAGCCCUUGCAGACUGCAAGAGGAGAGGAUCAGAGGACCUGCUGGUGAAAAAUGGGGAUGAAAUUCAGCUUUUGCAUGAAGAUGGUGAGGGACAGUGGUUGGUGAAAAACCUAAACAGAAGAAAAGAAGGCUGGAUUCCUGUCCACAGUCUGCAGAUAGUAGUUGGUGACUGCAGAUUUCGGAAUGCCAAAGUCACAGAUGCUGCCCUGUGUAACACAAGAAAGUUUAGUUCCCCUUGAAUUAAGGGUGAACUAGUAGCAUCCUAUUUUCGAUGCUCUUUGGAAGCUUUCAACUAAGUGUUACAGAGAAAUAGCACAAUAGUUGGAGUUGUCCUGUACUAUUCAUCACAUUCACAGACCUCCACAGCUUCAUCUGCACUGAACGGGACUGGGGUCCUAAGCAGCUUCUCAUAGUCAUAAAGGAAGCCAUUCUCUGCUUUUUCUUUUUUUUCUCCUAUGGAAAGUACAGUAUUUUAUUAUUUUUACCUGCUGUUUUUCCAUGACAUCCAUCAUGUUUCAUCAGAGAAGUACACUACAGUUUCCUGACACUUUGUUUAGAUGCUUUGAAAUUUCCUCUACAGGUUGAAGGCUUUACCUACUUAUUAGCUGACAACUGUUGAAGUUGCAAAUAAGAGUUGAGUGUUGGUAAACCAAAUAAAACCCCAAAAAAAUACCAAACAAAGAAGCUGUAUAUCCUGCUUAAUUGAUUUUAUGGAUGGAUUUUUCUUAAAUACCUACUUCAGCUGUGUGAAUGUAAUGUUCUGUAAGAGCAUCAUCUGGCUGACUCACAUGUGAAGAUGCAAUAAUGCUAAAGAUCCUCUUUUUGCACUUAGGGUCUGACUCCAGCCCACUGCAGUCAGUCCCAUUGAUUUCAGUGAGGUUUGGAUCAGGUCAAACUGACAACUCAGGGUUGUCACCGAUCACUUAGGGUCCCAACGUGUCCCAAGGCUGAAACCUGUAUCUAGCAAGUGUUGAAGUUUACAUUAAAUAUAUGUACUU